AUGGAUAGAGAAAUGGUAACGAAGCUUGGAACAUCUUUGGCGGUGCCUUCAGUGCAAGAGCUAGCAAAGCAACCAAUCACCAAAGUUCCUGAACAAUAUGUUCGUCCAAACCAAGAGCCUCCAGUUAUAUCUAACACAAUCUCAUUAUCACAAGUUCCAGUCAUUGAUUUCAAUAAAUUGUUGUCUGAUGAUGGAACUGAACUAGAGAAGCUUGACCAUGCAUGCAAAGAAUGGGGUUUCUUCCAGCUGAUAAAUCAUGGAGUGAACUCUUCAUUGGUGGAAGAUAUGAAGAUGGAUGUUCAAAAGUUCUUCAAUCUUUCAGUGGAAGAGAAGAAAGUAUUUUCGCAGAAACCAGGGGAGAUGGAGGGACUUGGCCAAAUGUUUAUUGCAUCGGAGGAAACCAAAUUAGAAUGGGCAGAUUUAUUGCUUAUUGUCACUCUUCCACCAAACAUAAGAAAUCCUCACUUGUUUCCUAAUCUUCCACAGCCAUUCAGAGAUAAUCUAGAGAGGUAUGCCUUGGAACUGAAAAAUCUCUAUGUCACAAUCCUGGAGUUUAUGACAAAGGCUCUAAAGAUUCAACCAAGUGAAGUGCCAGAGCUAUUUGAAGAGGGAAGUCAAGCAAUGAGGAUGAAUUACUACCCUCCAUGUCCCCAGCCAGAAAAAGUUAUUGGACUCAAUUCUCAUUCUGAUAAUUCUAUUCUAACCCUCCUUCUCCAAGUUAAUGAAAAUGUAGGCCUUGAAAUAAGAAAAGAUGGAAUGUGGAUUCCUAUUAAACCUCUUUUGAAUGCUUUUGUCAUUAACGUCGGAGACGUGUUGGAGAUAAUGACUAAUGGUAUUUACCGAAGCAUCGAACAUCGAGCGACAGUGAACGCGAAGAAGGAGAGGAUUUCCAUUGCCACAUUUCAGAGUCCUAGACUGAACGCAUUUAUAGGUCCAGCACCAAGCCUUGUUACACCUGAAAGACCUGCAAUGUUCAAUAGAAUCAGUGUAGAAGAUUUCUACAAAGGAUACUUUUCAGAGAUGCUACAAGGGAAAUCACACAUUAAUGUCUUGAGGAUUCAAAAUGAGUGA